AUGUCUGCGAUUGUGUCCCUCGCUGUCCGGCGCAGCGUGCUCGCUGGAUCAUGUCGUGUGGUCUCUGUGAGGCCAGGGCGAAGGCUUAUAAACCCCACCGUUUUGUCUGCACCCUCGACCACUCACCGCAGGUCGUUCGCCUCUGCUCCUCCGCUCCCCACUAUCACUUCAGCAGACCAAGCAAUACUUCUUUAUGCACCUACUCCAAAACAGCUAGAGGCACUGGAACUUGAAGUAGACCCGAACGUGUUCAAUGAAGCAAGAUUGAUCAUCACCGAACGAGCAGCUGAGCAAUUGAGGCGCGUCGCGGAGAAGGCCAAUAAUUCGGAAAUUGCAUUGAGGGUCGGUGUGGAAUCUGGGGGAUGCCAUGGAUACCAGUACACGAUGGAGGUUACAUCGGAAUAUGAGCCAGACGAUUUCGUAUUUACAAGAGCAGACACCCAACCGUCCAAGGUGAUCAUAGACGCAGUUUCACUGGGUCUCCUGAAAGGUGCCACCGUCGAUUAUGCCACAGAGCUGAUCGGGAGCUCUUUUCGCAUAAUGGAGAACCCACAAGCGAAGGGCAGUGGUUGCGGAUGCGGUGUCAGCUGGGAGGCCAACGUGUGA